AUGCUUAAAAACCAUGUGCAUGUUUCCAAGCUCAACGAGAUACUAUGCAUAUCCUUCCUAAAACGCUGCGUGGAUGCAGCCGCGGAGUUCCUUGACAGUAUCCUUGAAAGACUGCACGUUUUUAUAAUCAUCGCGUGCUAUCGGCAACGGGAGAUCCAUCGCAACUGCGCCUUCCGGGAGUUUACUAAAGUGGUGACUUGUAAGUGGGCUAAGGCUGAGCCGUACUGUGGUUACUCAAGCUUUGGCGUUUCACCUAUAGGGGACUUUAUGGCCGGCGUAUUCUACUCCGUAAUUAUGCCAGCUUUAUCAAAAAGGGCGAGACAGCUGAGGGCAGCGCGCUGCAGCAAAAAAGUCAAGUUGAGCUCAGAGGACCUUAUUCACGUACCCCAGGACUUACUGGAACGGUUGGAUGAUGAAAGUGAGGAAGGGUUUUGGACCAUUGCGCAAGACCCUUACGCUGCAGAAGUCCAUUGGGAAGAUUAUGCGGAUACUUCAGAUUGGGAAAGUGAAGAGGAUUGCGAGUUUACAGAAGGAGAGGCGCAUAUCAGAUAUCAGCGGGUAUCUAAAGCUACAAAGCGUACUCAGCAAAGACAUGCGAAGAAGCGGAAAGAGUUGGAAAAGGCAGCGAACGGGUUCAGAAGGCUUACUUCUCAAGGACUACUGUCAGGCACGAUCAACAAUAUACAGUCCAGUUUAGCUUCAGAAUUGACUGCGUUUGGAUUGGCGAAAACUAUUGGAACUUAUUUGGAUUCAGCGCGCGCGGUUGAAGCAAUUGAAGAGUGUUUUGGUCCGAACGGCAACAGAAUUCGUGCCAGGACUGCAAGACGCUGGUUGAAGAAGAUGGGGUUUGUUCACGAUACAGUUAGGAAGGGAGUUUUUGUGGAUGGACAUGAGCGUCAAGACGUAGUACGCUACAGGCAAGAGGUGUUCAUACCACAAUGGAAAAUCCAUCAAACGCGUUUCGUUAUAUUCAAAGAGGACGGCACUUGGGAACCACCAGCAAGUUUAGCUCCCGGUGAAAAGCCUCUUGUUUUAAUUACACAUGAUGAGUCUGUGUUUAAUGCAAAUGACGGGAAAAGAAAGGUAUGGAUGAAGAAGGGAUCACAGCCUAUCAGACCCAAAUCUAAAGGACGAGGAAUUAUGGUUUCGGGCUUUUUAACACCCGGUGGCCGUCUCAAAGUACCGGAUGAAAUUACGGAUUCAGAAUUGCUAAGCAAUAUCAUGUGGCAUAAAGACGAAGCUGGUAAACCUAUUCGAGAUGCAAUGAUGUUUUUUGAAUACGGGAAAGACAAUUAUUGGACUGGAGACAAAAUGGUAGAACAUACGAUCCAAGUAGCAUUGCCAAUCUUUCGUUAUGCAUUUCCAGGAUGUCAAGCUCUUUUUGCUUUCGAUAAUGCUUCAAAUCAUUGUUGCUUUGCCUCCGAUGCACUACUGGCUUCAAAAAUGAAUAGAAAUCCCGGCGGUUCUCAACCACACAUGAGAGAAGGUUUUAUACACUCAAAAGGCCUACCACAAUCCAUGGUUUUCUCCCAAAAUCAUCAGAUUUCUGAGUUGCGUGGAAAACCCAAAGGAAUUCAACAAGUUCUUUUGGAGCGAGGAUUAUGGCGUAAUAGGAGAACAGAUGGCUUUGCUUUCCUACUACAGUGUCCUACGACACAUGGUAGAUUUGGUUGUGCAACAAUCGAAGGUGGAUGCUGUGCUAGAUCCGUUUUGGCAGCUGAACGUGACUUCCGUGAGCAAAAAGGCCGUCUACAGGAAGAGCUGGAGUCGCACAAUCAAUUGAUAAUAUUCUACCCGAAAUUUCACUGCGAAUUAAAUUUUAUCGAGAGAUACUGGUGUGCAGCCAAGUAUUAUGCCAGAGAGAACUGUCAAUACUCUUUUGAUGCGCUUCGAAGCACUGUGCCUUUAGCAUUGGAUUCGGUUUCAACAGUUUCAAUUAAUAGGUAA